AUGGCAUCGAAAGAUUCAUCAAAGCGGAAACAAGCAAUAGAAGAGGAAAUGACAUCCCUGAAGAAGAACAAAACUUGGGAUCUAGUACCAUUACCACACAACCGCAAGGCGUCUGGAUAUGACACUGAUGUUUACCUGGAAUUUUAUGUGGAUGAUGGAUUGCUUAUUUGUAAGUCUCCAAAAAUACUGGAAAAUAUUUUGACAGCAUUGGGAUCAAUGUUUGAAAUUACUGUGGGCAAUGGAAAAUACUUCUUUGGAUUGGAAAUAAAACACAGCCCUUCUACAAAAGAAAUAUGUAUAGGCCAGGAAAGAUACAUCAAUUGCUUACUUCAGAAGUUCAACAUGGAUAAUUCAAAACCGAACUCCACCCCUUUUGAUGUUGGAACUAUGUUGCACAGUGGGCAGUCUACUGCAAACCAACAUGAGCGGACCAUGGACCUGAGCAUACGGUACAAAGCUGACUCUACUGGACUGGUGGUCUACUCAGAUGCGACUUUGCUGGUGACUGCGACACCCAUCGGUCAACAACAGGCUAUGCGAGCUUGUCAGCAGGUGGGCCUGUGA